CAGCAGCAGCAGCAGCGGCGGCAGCGGCGGUAGCGAUGGCAGCGGCAGCGGCAUCAGCAGCAGCCAGUAGUAGUCGUGUAUCGCUCGCAGACUCCGCAGCAGCUUUCUCGCGAGCGCGAAACGCAGAUGCGGAUGACGCGCCAGCGCUCACCUGUUGUCCUCGGUAACGACUCGGCAGUACUGCGUCGCGGCUAAUCUCCGCGCUGGCUCUUCCCCGACCCGUGGCGAACAGGAUGUACCGCGCGCCGCCGCUACCACCGCCGCCGCCGCCACCGCUGCUGCUGCUGCUGCUGCUGCUGCUCGCCGUCCUGGCGGCGCAGGCGGAGCGCCCAAGCGGCCUCUACGUGGACAACGGCCACGACCAGACGGUGGUGCACCGAGUGGUCAGCAGGCAGGAGAAGCGCGAGGUCGAGCACGAGAUCCUGAACCUGCUCGGGCUGCCCGACCGGCCGCCUGCCAGGCAGCACGCGCCGCAGGUGAAGCGCUCGGCGCCCAGUUUCCUGCUGGACAUCUACUACAAGCAGGCGCUGGACGAGCAGAGCGGCGCCGGCGCCGACUCGCAGUUCGACCUGAGCGGCCAGGACCUGAAGACCAUCGACCAGAGCGACGUGAUCAUGACCUUCGCCGCGCACAACCAGCACGUGCCGGGAGUGCGCCACGAGCGCGGCAAGCGGCUCUGGUUCGACGUGUCCGAGGUGCCGCCCAACGAGCACAUCAUCAACGCCGAGCUGCGGCUCUACCGCAGCAUGGACGGCGCCAAGUCGAGCAAGCUGCGCGGCUCGUUCACGCUCACGGCCUACCGGGUGCUGCGGCUGGAGGACGGCGAGCGCGAGCUGCAGUACGUGGACGCGGUGAACGCCAGCAGCGGCCGCGAGGGCUGGCUGGCCAUCAACGUGACCGAGGCGUUGCAGCGCUGGGUGCAGGACCCGGCGGGCAACCGCGGCCUGUACCUCUCGGUGCACCCGGCCGACCGCCACGUGCACGAGACCAAGCCCGAGGACAUCGGCCUGGUGGGCUUCAAGGGCAGCCUCGAGCGGCAGCCCUUCCUCGUGGGCUUCUUCAAGAGCUCGGGCCUGCGCGAGCGCAAGGUGCGCCAGAAGCGCGAGGCCAAGCGCAAGAAGAAGGUGGACGUGACGAGCCUGGACUACCGCGGCAACCCCUACAGCGACCCGCAGCAGCUGCAGUACAGCACCAAGACCUGCAAGAUCCAGACGCUCUACGUGAGCUUCCGCGACCUGCGCUGGCAGGACUGGAUCAUCGCGCCGGACGGCUACGACGCCUACUACUGCAGCGGCGAGUGCAACUUCCCGCUGAACGCGCACAUGAACGCCACCAACCACGCCAUCGUGCAGACCCUCGUGCACCUGGUCAACCCGGGCAAGGUUCCCAAGCCCUGCUGCGCGCCCACCAAGCUCUCGCCCAUCUCCGUGCUCUACUUCAUGGACGAGAGCAACGUCAUUCUCAAGAAGUACAAGAACAUGGUCGUCAAGAGCUGCGGCUGCCACUAGCGCGGCGCCGCGGGCCCCGAUCGCCGUCGGACGCGCGUUCCGUGCGCUCUGCGCCUUUUCUGCCUUCUCUGCGCUGUCGAUGUGCUUGCGCGCUUGCAGCGGCCUUCCACUCGCACCAUACUUUCCUUUUAAUCCCGGCCGCUCGCUCCGAAUCUUCCCAUCGACACCUAUACGUCACGCGUCUAUUUCAUAUUAUACGCUUUGUAGUUUAAGGUUCAACGGCAAACACUUCGUCGGCCAUUGCCGUUAAACAUUCUCUUUUUACGACAAAAACUCACUCUAUUUUUCUAAGCUUAGGCGUUAAAUAGUUAUCUCAUGACAAUCAAUUGUAUUAUAGUACAUUUUUUUAAUAUUAAAUUAUCGUGUAAAUUUAUUCUGCUACAAGAACCUUACAUUAUAAGACGUUCUAUUAAGCGGCACCAAUUGUAUAUGUAUAAAACAAGAUAAAUACAUAAUAAACUUCAAACCUUCUGUAAAAUAACUUUGUACGUA